GACGCUUCCUGCAGUGUCAGGCGGGGGGGGGCUGACAAAGGGGCUCCGCGCAGGCAGCCGGCGAGCCAGGACCCGGCGGGCCCCGAGGGAAUUGCCAAAAUGCGUUGGAAUUCUUAAAUGAUUCCAAACCAGAAGUCUGUUUGGGAUACAAAAUCGUAAGAGCAGAAGAAGCAGCAGGAAGGAUUCGGUGCCAAUGCAGCAACAAAAAAGACAGCCAGAGUUAGUGGAAGGAAAUCUUCCUGUGUUUGUGUUUCCUACAGAGCUUAUAUUUUAUGCAGAUGACCAGUCAACACACAAGCAGGUGUUGACUCUAUAUAACCCCUAUGAGUUUGCCUUAAAAUUCAAAGUUCUUUGUACAACUCCAAAUAAAUAUGUCGUUGUCGACGCCGCAGGUGCAGUGAAGCCUCAGUGUUGUGUUGAUAUUGUGAUUCGUCACAGAGACGUUCGGUCUUGUCACUAUGGCGUGAUAGACAAAUUCCGUCUCCAAGUGUCUGAACAAAGCCAGAGGAAAGCAUUAGGGCGAAAAGAAGUCAUUGCUACACUACUUCCAUCUGCAAAAGAGCAACAGCAAAAGGAAGAAGAGGAAAAAAGAAUAAAAGAACACCUGGCUGAAAGUGUCUUUUUUGAGCAGACUUUGUGUCAACCAGAAAACAGAUCUGCCUCAUCGGGACCUAGUUUACUAACAGUCUUCCUGGGAAUAGUAUGCAUUGGAGCACUAAUGCUGCCGACACUGGGGGAAGUGGAAUCCUUGGUGCCUCUCUACCUCCAUUUAAGUGUGAAUCAAAAGUUAGUGGCUGCUUAUGUUUUAGGUCUCAUCACCAUGGUUAUCUUGAGGACAUGAGUAAUGACGUAAUUAAAUGUAAAAAAAACAACCCCAACCUUAUCUUACUAUAUAUUUACAUCAUGAAUGUGGACUGCCUUUUACUCUCAUGUGACGCAUUAAGAUGCUAGAAAAGCUAUUCAGUGAUUUAAAAUACUUUCAAAAGUGUAAUAUAUUUUAACUAUGUAUAACUAUAAAUAAACGACAGGACUCUUAGGUGCUUCUGUUACAGCUAUGGAAUGUUUAGUGAUAGCUGUGAAAUUAUUUUGAAGAAACUUUUAUAUCUACAUCUACUGUACAACAGACAUAUUAAAGCAACAUUUGUUAUUUUAAAUUCAUGUUCACAUCAGUGUUUGAUCACUAUAAAAGCAAACUGUUCAUUCGGAAAGGUUCAUUUGUUUAUUCCAUUGCUGUAAGUACAGAGGUUACUACGUAACAUUUUAUGUAUAAAUACCAGCAUGAUCAGAGUUUAUGGAAGGCUUGUCAUUUAAGAUGCACUUUGAAGUUCCAUCACUAAAAACUAUGAAAUAAAUACAUUAAGUUUA